GGUUCUGUCUCAGGCUGUCAGGGUCAGAGUCUGUCUGUCCAUUGAAAGCUGAACCUGAACCCGAACUCUGUUCAGCUGAGCUGAGGACACUGCGUCGUUAUCCGGGCUGGUUAAGGUGGUUUGGAGGUUUUUAAGAGUUCAGAGCUGCUGAGCUGAACCGUCUCUGCUGACUGAUCUCCGUGUUGUUUUCUGUGUCCGUGCAGUGCCGAUGGAUCCUUGGCAGGAAUGCAUGGAUUUCGGUGUUGAGGUGACUAAAGAGGCGGGAAAGAUGAUCCGUGAAGCUCUUCAGAAAGAGAUAUCGGUCAGGGAGAAGAGCUCUCCGGUGGACCUGGUCACUGAGACCGACCAGAAGGUGGAGGAGCUCAUUAUAUCCUCCAUCAGGGAGAAGUUCCCCACUCACAGUUUUAUAGGUGAGGAGUCGGUGGCCGCCGGAGCCCCCAGUGCUCUCACAGAUGGCCCCACCUGGAUCAUCGACCCGAUUGAUGGAACCACUAACUUUGUCCACAGGUUCCCCUUCGUCUCCGUCUCCAUCGGCUUCACGGUGAACAGACAGAUUGAGUUCGGGAUCGUGUUCAGCUGCCUGGAGGAUAAAAUGUACACCGCACGCAGGGGGAGAGGAGCGUUCUGCAAUGGAACCCCGAUCACGGUCUCAGGGCAGCAAGACAUCACUAAGUCCCUCAUACUGACAGAAAUGGGCUUCAAGAAAGAUCCAGAACACUUCAGAACCGUGAUGGCCAACAUGGAGAGCGUUCUCAGUAUCCCUGUUCACGGGAUCCGGGCGCCCGGCAGUGCGGCGGUGAACAUGUGUUUGGUGGCGUGUGGAGCAGCAGACGCCUAUUACCACAUAGGGAUCCACUGCUGGGACAUGGCAGGAGGGGCCGCCAUACUUACUGAGGCUGGAGGAGUCGUCAUGGACAUCACAGGCGGGCCGUUUGAUCUGAUGUCUCGGAGGCUGAUCGCAGCCAGCAGUCGAGGAAUAGCAGAGAGCAUCGCCAAGAAGAUACAGCCGUUCUGCUGCGGACGAGACGACACGGAGAACUAGAUCACGCGCUGCCUGCACCCCAAAUAAAGGGAUAAACACGUCCUGUAUGCAGAUAUACGCUGUAAACGGUCAGUUAUCAGGAGAGCCGGACUGUGACCGCACACCUUCAUUCACCAAUACACCAUAAACUAUAUCGGUUUAGUAGUUCAGUACGAAGGCUUGAGUCUCGUAUCAGUGUUUUAAGAGGUGUGUGUGUGUGUGUGUGUGUGUGUGUGUGUGUGUGUGUCUGUUAGUCGUUGGUUUAGAUGAAGAUUAAUGUCCAAAUACUGAUAAUGAAACCCGUGAAGGCAUGUUGGCUCUAUAGAGUCUGAGUCCAGUUCUGAUCUGUUCUUUAGUCUAGUUUACCCUGUUUUGCUCUCUUUACUCUGCUGUCAGAGUAACAAACUGACCUGGUCCACAGCUCAAAAUCACAUUUUCAGAACUUAACAACCUUUAAUACCUGCAGAUAUUUAAAUAAAGUGGAAAACAAACAUCCCAAAA